CAAACGAUGGGCAAGUAUGGAUAUCUGAUCCCGGACUCUUAUGUCCGAGAAGUUCCCGGCGAGGUCGACAUGAACACUGCCAGUAUAUUCUGGGGCUUCUCUCUUGGCGUUGCUGUCUUUUCGGCGGGAAAGGCCGGUAAGCAGAGCUGGAGGUCAUGGAAGCGGGCUAGACGGCCCACGGCAUAUGUAGGCAUGGUAUGGGCCGUGUGGUUUAGCAGCAUGGUGCUUGGCGCUCUGGCUUGGGGGUUCCAGCGACAAUACAUAGACCCAAGGCAAGUCGACGCUCUCUAUGUCUUUCUUCCACUCUGCGUCUUUAUCAUUUGGAUGCCCGCCCGACUCCAGAUCAACGACACGUGGGUACACCUCAACGAAAUUUGGGAUCGUUGCGAGAAGGUUAUCUUUGCCUUGGUCGAUGGGGCGUUGAACGGCUACUUUAUAUACCUUGUUCGGUCACGACUUAUUGAGAAUGGCCUGACCAAAUACACGCCUCUUUAUCGCAUGAACCUGGUUCUUAUCUUUGUAUCUCUUUCAUUGGAUGUCGUCUUGGUUGGCCUCAUGUCCAUGAAGAGUAGCUUGGUGUACCUGUCAUUCCACCCCGUUUGUUACCUACUUAAACUUCAGAUCGAAAUGAAGAUGGCCGAGUUGAUCACAAAGAUUGUGCGAUCCACCGGACGACACGGCUCCGACGACAUCUACUAUCGACAAUCCUCCACAGGGGACAAGUCUAAAACCGCUAGGGGAACUACCAAGGCCAAGUUCUCAACUGGUCUAUCGGGAGCUCAAGGGACAUUCAAACAAGGCAACACAACACAAAUUGAGGCUGGUGACCAGGACAGCGACAUUGAGAUGGAGAUCCGAGAUAGAGCAACCGAUGGUGGCAUUAUUAAAACCACGCACACUACUGUUGCUAGCUCUCCUGUCGAUAUCAGGGAGGAUGACGAUUCACAUAGCAGGACAAGUUCAACACGACAAUUGCACUACUAA